UCAUCACAGAUCAUAACAGAUCAAUUCCCUGCCAGAAGACAGACAAGAUGUCCAAACACAGAAAUAAUAAACGCGCUGAAAUGGAUCCAGACCUCAGGAUUGUUCUUGUUGGGAAAACUGGAGUCGGCAAAAGUGCAGUUGGAAACACCAUUUUAGGGAGGAAAGCUUUUGAGUCUAUAGCUUCUCUUUCCUCUGUGACACAGACCUGUAAGAAGGAAACCCAGGAGUUUUCUGGUCUAAAUCUGGCUGUUAUUGAUACUCCAUGUCUGUUUGAUAAAAAAAAGAGUAAUGAAGAGGUUGUGAAAGAGAUCACUAGAGGCAUCUGCCUGGCGGCUCCUGGUCCUCAUGUGUUCCUGAUUGUUCUCCAACCGACCAAAUUCAAAGGAAAAGAAGAAAAAACAUUGGAAAUAAUUAAGACCAUUUUUGGAGAAGCAGCAGCCAGAUACACCAUGGUCCUGUUUACCCAUGGAGAUGAGCUGAAAAAGGCAAAAACUAAAAUAGAAGAUCUGUUAGAAACAUCCCAGCCUCUAACACGCAUCAUCAGACAGUGCUCCAUCCUGGAGAAAUUUGAAGAUAAAUAUCAUGUUUUUGACAACAAAGAUAAGAAUCCUGCUCAAGUCAGGGGACUGGUGGAAAAGUUCAACAGAAUGGUUCAGAGAAAUGGAGGAAGUUUCUACAUCAAUGAAAGGUUCCGAGAGGCAGAAAGAGCCAUUCAAGAAGAAUUUAAACGACUCCUCAGAGAACAUCCAGACAUGAAUCCUCAAGAUGCAAGAAGACGGGCAGAGAGAGACAACGCAUUUAUCCACGAUGUUGUGGGGGCUGCUGCUGCAGGAGGCGUUACUGGAGCAGCUGCUGGAGCUGCUGUUGGUGCUAUUGGGGGACCGAUAGGAAUUGCUAUUGGAGCUGUUGUUGGCGCUGCUGUUGGCACUUUUGUUGGAUUUCCAGCUGGAGCUGUGGCUGUAGCUGUAGCAGAAGUGAAAAUAAAGGGAGGAUGUGUUGUACAGUGA